CCAUGGCAAAACAUUUCGUAAGUUGUGCCAUUUGGGUGUGAAGGUGAUUCUCUGGGACUUCACGCCUAGUUUGUAAUAAAGGGUAACCGGAAAGGAUGUCACACAGACUCUGUUUCAAGUGGACUACACAUCUUAAUUCACAGUCUUUUAGAUUGUGUCUAAUUUCUAGUCCAUAUGUCGUACCCAGACGAUUUCGUAACACAUUCUAUAGGACGUUCCGUAACUCGUUGGUAUCCAAAUCAAAUAUUCUCAGAUCUCAAAAUGUAUCAACUGGGGAGUCGACCAGAAAUAGUCUCUUUAAUAAAAUCAAAAGCUUUGUAUCACGACGAAAGUCAAGUUCUACGACCUUGGACAAGAAUCAUGUAAAAAAGAAAGUCCCAACCUCAGAAGAAAUUUACAGACUUCUUUCAUUAGCAAAAUCAGAAAAAUGGAAGCUAGCAGGUGCUGUGGGAUUGCUGAUCAUAUCCAGUGGUAUUUCAAUGUCCAUUCCAUUUUGUAUUGGUAAAGUCAUAGACACUAUUUACUCAGACAGUGAGAAUAUGACUGCCACAUUAACAAAUAUAUGUCAGAUCCUGAUCUGUGUCUUUAUCAUUGGUGCUAUUGCUAACAUGGGAAGAAUAUACAUCAUGAAUAAUUCAGGCAAUAUAAUUGUUAAAAAUCUUAGAGAAAAACUUUUCCUGUCUAUUGUGAGACAGGAGGUAGGAUUCUUUGACAAGAACCGGACAGGGGAGCUAAUCAACCGACUCUCUACAGACACUUCGCUGGUGGGCAGAUCUAUUACCAUGAAUGUUUCGGAUGGCUUGCGGGCAGUGGCACAGGCAGCGGGUGGUGUGGGCAUGAUGCUGUAUGUGUCUCCCAAACUGACUGGUAUAGUGAUCUGUGUUGUUCCUCCUCUCAUGCUGGUAUCCAGAUAUUAUGGGUCCUAUCAAAAGAAAAUCACCAAAAAUGUCCAGGACUCUCUUGCUAAUGCAACCCAGGUUGCAGAGGAGAGAAUCAGUAACAUCAGAACGGUCCGAGCAUUCGCUCAAGAAAAUAAAGAGAUAGAAAAUUACAAUUCCAAAAUAGAGCAUGUCUUACAACUCAUGCAGAAAGAGGCUGCUGCUUUAGGUCUGUUCUGGGGACUGACUGGGUUUACUGGUAACCUAAUCAUCCUCUCCGUACUCUACAGUGGGGGUAUUAUGAUGCAAUCCUCCAUGAUUACUGUGGGAGAGUUAUCUUCCUUUCUUCUCUAUGCUGCGUAUGCUACAGUAUCUUUAAGUGGUAUGACAUCCUUUUACAGUGAGCUUAUGAAAGGAAUUGGUGCCUCCUCCAGGAUUUGGGAAUUGACUGAUAGAGUCCCAGAAAUCCCAAUAACUGGAGGAUUAGUUCCCUCAGCACACACUGCUGGUAGCAUUGAGUUUAGUAACAUUGUGUUCAGUUACCCGUCCCGCCCGGAGUCUUUCAUUUUUAACGAUCUAAGUCUGACUGUCCCGCCAGGACAAAUUACAGCUGUAGUUGGGUCCAGUGGGUCAGGAAAAUCCACACUAGGGUCUCUGCUGUUACGGUUCUAUGAUCCACAAGAGGGGAGUGUGUUUUUGGAUGGCCAUGACAUAAAGACACUGGAUCCACACUGGCUUAGAAACCAGAUUGGCACCGUAAGCCAGGAACCAGUUCUCUUCUCUAGCACCAUUGCUGAGAACAUAAUGUACGGAGCAGCAGACAUGAACUCUGUAAGCCCAGCAGAAAUUGAGGGGGCUGCAAGGAAGGCAAAUGCUCUCAAUUUCAUCAAGUCUUUUCCCAAUGGAUUUGAAACUAUUGUUGGAGAAAGGGGGCUUAUGCUUUCAGGUGGCCAGAGGCAAAGAAUAGCUAUAGCAAGGGCAAUUCUUAAGGACCCAAAGAUUCUCUUACUAGAUGAAGCUACAAGUGCUUUAGAUGCCGAGAGUGAGUUUUUAGUGCAGGACGCUUUAGAGAAGCUGAUGGUAGAUAGGACAGUUAUUACCAUUGCUCAUCGCCUCUCAACAAUUAGAUCAGCCAAUCAAAUUGCAGUUCUAGAUCUUGGGGCUGUGGCUGAGAUUGGUCCGUACCAAGAACUGAUAAAAAUUCCUAAUGGAAUAUUUCGUAAACUGGUAGAGAGACAGACUAUUUCUCAAUGAAGGAAUGCUUUCAAGUCCAUAUUUAGACCUUAUUUAUUUAUAAAAAAGCAUUUAUAUAUAUGUAGUUUAUUUUAUUUCUUUUUUAAAUAAAAGAUAAUUGUUUCA